AAACCUCUCGGGUAAAACGUAAAUCUGAACGUUGAUUACUGAUUUUCUACACCUCAAACUGGCAACCUACAUGUUGUUCAAGGGGAGGAGCUAAUUCACACUCCGCAGUAGUUUCUGGAAGGAACCUCAUGCUUGCACCAUGGAGAAAGUUUCAGCAUUGAAAGACCAGGGCAACAAGGCGCUGAGCGCAGGAAAUAUUGAUGAGGCUGUACGUUGCUACACCGAAGCUUUGGCCCUUGACGGUUCGAACCAUGUCCUGUUCAGUAACCGCUCAGCUGCCUACGCCAAGAAAGGCAACUAUGAGAAUGCUCUCCAGGAUGCCUGUCAGACCAUCAAGAUCAAGCCUGACUGGGGCAAGGGCUACUCCCGCAAAGCUGCAGCAUUGGAAUUUCUUGGCCGAUUGGAGGAUGCUAAAACAACUUACCAUGAGGGACUCCGGCAAGAGCCAAGUAAUCAGCAGCUAAAGGAGGGUUUACAGAACAUUGAGGCCCGGCUUGCAGAGAAAUCAAUGAUGAACCCCUUCGCCCAGCCCAACUUGUAUCAGAAGCUGGAGAGUGAUUCUCGGACCAGUGCGCUACUGUCAGAUCCCAGCUACAGAGAACUCCUGGAGCAGCUCAGGAACAAACCAUCGGAGCUUGGCACGAAACUGCAGGAUCCCAGAGUGAUGACCACUCUCUCUGUGCUGCUGGGACUGAACCUCUCUGAGAUGGAAGAAGAGGAGAACCCUACUCCCCCUCCUCCCCCCAAACCCAAAGAGACUCAGCCACCUCCUCCCAAAGAGGAAGACCUUCCCGAAAACAAGAGAAACGCCUUGAAGGAAAAAGAACUUGGGAAUACUGCAUAUAAGAAUAAGGACUUUGAUGUGGCGCUGAAACAUUAUGAAGAAGCAAUCAAACAUGACCCCACCAACAUGACCUAUAUAUCUAAUCAAGCAGCUGUGUACUUUGAAAAGGGAAAUAUGGAGAAGUGCCGAGAGCUGUGUGAGAAGGCCAUUGAUGUUGGCCGAGAAAACCGGGAAGACUACAGACAAAUAGCAAAGGCCUUGGCUAGGAUUGGAAACUCCUACUUCAAGCAGGAAAAAUACAAAGAAGCAGUUCAGUAUUUCAACAAGAGUUUGACGGAGCAUCGUACUCCCGACGUCUUGAAGAAGUGUCAACAGGCAGAGAAGAUAUUGAAGGAGCAGGAGAAACUAGCCUACAUCAACCCUGACUUAGCCCUGGAAGAGAAGAACAAGGGCAACGACGCCUUCCAGAAAGGAGACUACCCCUUAGCCAUGAAACACUACUCCGAGGCCAUUAAGAGAAACCCCAAGGAUGCCAAACUCUUCAGUAACAGAGCGGCCUGCUACACAAAGCUGUUGGAGUUUCCACUUGCCGUGAAGGAUUGUGAAUUGUGCAUCCAACUUGAGCCCACCUUCAUAAAAGGCUACACGCGUAAAGCAGCUGCCUUGGAGGCAAUGAAAGACUAUUCAAAAGCUAUGGAUGUGUAUCAGAAGGCUCUGGAGCUUGACUCUUCCUCAAAGGAAGCCACAGAAGGCUUACAGCGCUGCAUGAUCAAUCAGACCACGAGGAAUGACAGUCCUGAGGAAGUGAAGAAAAGGGCCAUGUGCGAUCCCGAGGUGCAGCAGAUUAUGAGUGACCCAGCAAUGCGCAUGAUCCUUGAGCAAAUGCAGAAAGACCCUCAGGCGCUUAGCGACCACUUAAAGAAUCCAGUCAUUGCUCAGAAGAUUCAGAAACUCAUUGAUAUCGGACUGAUAGCCAUUCGUUGAUGAGAACCAAGAGACUCAAAGACAACAGUGGAACAGCGUGCAAAUCCCUCCAAAAUAUUACAUCCUCCUUUCUUGCCUUCAAUUUCGAAAUGAUGUUGUCUUUAGUCUCCCUGAGACUUGUGUGUGUUAUGUUUUUAAAAAAAAUCAGUUUCAGAACUUUUUCAUUGAAUUUAAGAAAGCAUCUUGUAUGUCAUCUGGAAAAGUUUAGGACACCAGAAAACAUAAAAAAAAAAAAAAAAACUGGAUUCAUGUGUAAAGAUGCUCAAAUACAUCUUAUAAUAAACAGCACAAUUCAGUGCACAAGUAUGUGCAGUGUUUAAAGGGGAAAUCCACCCUAAAGCAGAUCACAUAUUCCUAUUGGUUUAUGUUUUAAGGAAAUAAAACAAAAAAAUAGAAGCAUUUGUAAACUCAAAAUAAAGAAUAUAAUAUAGAUCACAAA